CUUUCCUAUCUCUUCACUCUUUCUUCAACUAUUUCACUUCCCUUCUUCUUCUUCUUCUUCUUCUUCUUGUAACUGUUCGAUUUCACCGUUCAAUUUCCUUUCAGAAUGUCCAAUUUCUCCCGCCAGAUGAACCUCUCAUCGUCGCUGAUCAGGCGAUUGCAUCGUCACCGUUCUCUUGCUAAUUCUUCUUCUAGAGCUUUCACCACCACUGAAGGUCACCGUCCUACCAUAGUCGAGAAGCGUAGCAUCGAUAUUCUUCACGAUCCAUGGUUCAACAAGGGAACUGCAUUCUCAAUGACGGAGAGAGACCGUCUUGAUCUUCGAGGGCUUCUGCCUCCAAAUGUCAUGUCUUCUGAACAGCAAAUAGCUCGAUUUAUGUCAGACUUGAAGAUACUUGAAGUGCAGGCUAGGGAUGGACCAUUAGAUCCGAAUGCCUUAGCAAAGUGGCGUAUACUUAAUAGGUUACAUGAUAGAAAUGAGACCAUGUACUACAAGGUACUUAUUGCCAAUAUUGAGGAGUAUGCUCCAAUAGUUUAUACUCCAACAGUUGGUCUUGUUUGCCAGAACUAUAGUGGACUAUUUAGAAGACCCAGAGGAAUGUACUUUAGUGCUGCUGAUCGUGGAGAAAUGAUGUCAAUGGUCUAUAACUGGCCAGCUGAUCAGGUUGACAUGAUUGUUGUAACAGAUGGAAGCCGAAUCUUGGGUCUUGGUGAUCUUGGAGUUCAGGGUAUUGGAAUUUCCAUCGGAAAGCUGGAUUUAUAUGUCGCUGCUGCUGGGAUUAAUCCGCAGAGAGUGCUUCCUAUCAUGAUUGAUGUUGGGACCAACAACAAGAAGCUUCUUGAAGACCCAUUAUACAUGGGUUUGCAAGAACCUCGUCUGGAGGGAGAAGAGUAUAUUGCUGUUGUGGAUGAAUUUAUGGAAGCUGUCUUCACUCGCUGGCCUAAUGUGAUUGUACAGUUUGAAGAUUUUCAAAGCAAGUGGGCGUUCAAGUUGUUGCAGCGUUAUAGAGCCAAGUACAGAAUGUUUAACGAUGAUGUCCAGGGAACAGCUGGAGUUGCAAUAGCUGGUCUUCUUGGAGCUGUCAGAGCACAAGAGAGACCCAUGAUUGACUUUCCAAAGAUGAAAAUUGUUGUUGCUGGUGCCGGGAGUGCAGGGCUUGGUGUUCUGAAUGCUGCUAGGAAAACAAUGGGAAGGAUGCUAGGAGAUAGUGAAACUGCUUUUGAAAGUGCACGGAGUCAAUUCUGGGUAGUUGAUGCUAAGGGACUAAUCACAGAGGAACGUAAAAAUAUUGAUCCAGAGGCCACGCCAUUUGCUAGGAAUAUCAAAGAAAUAGGACGUCAAGGACUGAAAGAAGGAGCAAGUCUUGUGGAAGUGGUUAGGCAAGUAAAACCUGAUGUACUUCUGGGGUUGUCGGCAGUUGGUGGUCUAUUUUCCAAAGAGGUAUUAGAGGCUCUUAAAGAGUCAACUUCCACCAGACCAGCAAUAUUUGCAAUGUCAAAUCCCACAAAGAAUGCUGAAUGCACGCCUGAUGACGCUUUCUCUGUGUUGGGUGAGAAUGUCAUAUAUGCUAGUGGAAGCCCAUUUAGAGAUGUGGAUUUUGGUAAUGGACAUAUUGGCCAUUCCAAUCAGGGAAACAAUAUGUACCUAUUUCCCGGAAUUGGACUUGGUACCCUCCUCUCUGGUUCGAGGAUCAUCUCUGAUGGAAUGUUGCAGGCAGCAGCUGAAUGCCUCGCUGCUUACAUGACGGAAGAGGAAGUUCUCAAGGGAAUAAUAUAUCCUCCAAUUUCCAAAAUACGUGAUAUCACAAAGGAAGUAGCUGCAGCCGUAAUCAAGGAAGCCAUAGAAGAGGAUCUGGCAGAAGGAUACCGUGACAUGGAUAUUCGAGAUCUUCAGAAACUUACUCAGGAGGAGAUUGUAGGAUAUGUGGAAGACAACAUGUGGGAUCCUGAAUAUAAGACACUAGUUUACAAAGAAAACUAAACAGAAUUUGUAAGUGAAUCUAAUCUCGUCUACUCAUGUUGUUGUUGUUGUUGAUGUAUCUUAGGUUUGUUUAUAAGUCAACUUGGUCCUGUCUAAUGUCUAUUCCUCUUUAUGUUUAUAAUCCACUUGAGAUAAGUGAUAUGACUCUUAUUGUUGGUUCUUGUAUAGAUAUAUCUUAUUUCUAGCUUACUUGUAAUUGUGACAUUGUGCUGUUAAUUUCUGAUAUCCUUUUUUACCACA